AUGGAGAUGCACCACUCCAGGAGCCCUUCAGAGAUGCCAAGGGGUGCCCUGGCCUACUGCUGGAAAGAAGGAAAAGAUCAAAUUAUAUUUGUGACCGAAGAGGACCAUGAAACUCCAAGCAAUGCAGAGUCCAUGGCUGAUGACCAACGACUCAUACGAGGAGCGUGGAUAUUGCCAAAUGGAGACAUUAACUGGAACUGCCCAUGCCUCGGAGGAAUGGCCAGUGGACCCUGUGGGGAGCAGUUCAAGUCAGCCUUCUCCUGCUUCCACUAUAGCACAGAGGAUGUCAAGGGGUCAGACUGUAUAGACCAGUUCCGGGCCAUGCAGGAAUGCAUGCAGAAAUACCCCGACCUCUAUCCCCAGGAUGAUGGUGGUGAUGAUGAUGAUGACGAUGACGAGAAGAAGCCAGAAGGUUUAGAGGAAACAGCUCUGACUGAGACUACUGCAGCCAAAACAGAGGAGAGCUCAAGCUAA